ACGUAAAGCCUUGGCCGCCGCACUUUUCGGUUUGUAGCUUGGGCUUCCUCCAUACCCGAGGCCCGCGAUGUCGUGGCUUCGAUGUUGCUAUGCCUGUGACGAGGCGCCAGGCAGCUUGGAUGCAACUUUGACCGCGCUGGUGAGUGAAGGAGAGGAAGCCUUGGAAUGGCAGAUUGUUCAAAAGUCCCUGGAUUCUGCUGAAUUCUCCAAACUUCUACAACUUCGCGGUCGCCUUUGCGACUGCGAUGAGCACCCUGCUUGCGAAGAACAGAAGCUGUCCCGGCAACCGCAGACUCUGCUACGCUUCCUCCGGGCCCGGACAAGUGAUCUACGAAAGGCGGAAACCAUGUUCCGGGCCAUGCUAGACUGGCGCCAAUCCUUUGGAGUGGAUGAGAAAAUUAGCAGCUGGAGAAAAGAACUUGGCCAACAACGCACACAGCGGAGCAUCCAGAUGAGACGUUUCGAAACGGAUGUGGACCUUUGCCAAGACAGACAUGGAGUGCCAAUCCGGUUGAUUCGGACCAGUGUUGCCGAUGUACCAGGUUUAGUCCGUGAGUUUGGAAAAGAGAUCGUCCUGAUCGACACGCUGCUGCGCAUGGAAGAGGCUCACCAGCACAUUCGAAGGGCCAUGUUCGAACGUGAGGAGUUGGUGUGUGGCCAGCUGCAGAUCAUUGACAUGGGUGACUACGGCCGCGUGCCAAACCUGGCCAGCCGCCUGUGGUCCAGCUUGAAACUGGCUGCCGAAAUUUCUCAGAUCACGGAUGCCAACUAUCCAGAGACGGUGCGGAAGGCUUUCAUCAUUCGUUUGGGCUCAUGUACCAGCAUGACCUGGCGCUAUUGCAUCCAGCCUUUACUGCCUGAACGGACUCAAGCCAAGCUGAUUCCAUGUGGGCCCAAGGCCUCCAGCUGGCAGCAGCACCUGGCGGAGGAGGUGCCGUCCCUCGCUGCGCUGCCCGCCUUUCUCCGCUCCGAUGCGCCGGAGGCGCUGGCGGUGGCCGCGCCUCAGGGCGGCAUGGUGCCAAAGGGCCUGGCUCAGGGGCAACAAGGAUGUUGGGAGGCCCGUCCGAAGCCUCGUGUUCCUCGCGCGGCAUCGGGACUGGCCCCACGCCGGCACACCUUGCACAGAUCGCUGUCAGAGGGAUGGUGCGCCAAAAUGCAAGUGAUCUUUUUCAGUGCAAUUGCUUUUGCUGCAGGAGCACUGGCAGUGGAACCUGUGUCGCUUCUUUGACCGGGGUGUCUACGACCUAUCGCAUGUGUACUGUGUGCAGAACACAAGCUGAUGCUGGGGUCCCCAAACCCAAGUUUGCAGC